CACACAACCCAUAACCAACACUACCUUGCAGUCACGGCAGUCGGGUGUCUCUGCGACGUGUUACCCGUGGUCAUCACAAGCACCCCAUUAAGAUCGAAAAUCAUAGCCGUCCAUCUUGCAUACUUAGCGACAGUCGGAUUUCGAUAUAUUUUCUCUCAAGAGUCCAUUUCUCAUCUGGAUUUGUUGCAGCUGAAUCGACUCGAAUCAUCAAAGCUUACCUGCCACAUUUCUUGCCAUGGCACCCAUUAGGGGUAUUUUUUCUUUGCAAAGAACAGCUUUGGUGCGUCAAAGUGAGAGGUUGGGAGUUGGCUUCAGGUCUUUCAGUACCCAACCUCCAACAAAUGCUGGUGCUCCUCAGCCUCCACCACCUCCCCCACCUCCGGAGAAAACUCAUUUUGGAGGCCUCAAAGAUGAGGACCGAAUUUUUACUAAUGUUUACGGAUUGCAUGACCCUUUCCUCAAAGGUGCCAUGAAACGGGGUGACUGGUAUAGAACUAAGGACUUGGUGCUCAAAGGUACUGACUGGAUUGUUAGUGAAGUUAAGAAGUCUGGCCUCCGAGGACGCGGUGGUGCUGGUUUCCCAUCUGGUCUCAAAUGGUCAUUUAUGCCAAAAACAUCUGAUGGUCGCCCUUCCUAUCUUGUCGUCAAUGCUGAUGAAAGUGAACCUGGAACCUGCAAAGACAGGGAAAUCAUGCGGCAUGAUCCACACAAGCUCUUAGAGGGAUGCUUGAUUGCUGGGGUAGGAAUGAGAGCUUCUGCUGCAUAUAUCUACAUUAGGGGUGAAUAUGUGAAUGAACGACUAAAUCUGGAAAGAGCCAGAAAAGAAGCUUAUGAAGCUGGGCUGUUGGGCAAGAAUGCAUGUGGAUCUGGUUAUGAUUUUGAUGUCCAUAUCCACUAUGGUGCUGGUGCUUAUAUUUGUGGUGAAGAGACAGCGCUUUUGGAAAGCCUUGAAGGAAAACAAGGGAAACCAAGAUUGAAGCCUCCUUUCCCAGCUAAUGCUGGGCUGUAUGGCUGCCCCACCACUGUUACAAAUGUGGAAACAGUGGCGGUCUCUCCCACCAUUUUAAGGCGUGGUCCAGAGUGGUUUGCAAGUUUUGGCCGAAAGAACAACUCUGGGACAAAAUUAUUUUGCGUGUCAGGUCAUGUGAACAAGCCUUGCACAGUUGAAGAGGAGAUGAGCAUACCACUGAAGGAGUUAAUAGAGAGGCACUGUGGAGGUGUAAGAGGUGGCUGGGACAAUUUACUUGCUGUGAUACCAGGUGGUUCUUCUGUCCCACUGCUUCCCAAGCACAUAUGUGAUGACGUGCUUAUGGAUUAUGAUGCACUUAAAGCUGUCACAUCAGGAUUGGGGACUGCAGCGGUGAUUGUGAUGGAUAAAUCUACUGAUGUCGUGGAUGCAAUUGCAAGGCUGUCUUACUUCUACAAGCAUGAGAGCUGUGGGCAGUGCACCCCAUGCAGGGAGGGAACAGGAUGGCUUUGGAUGAUCAUGGAAAGGUUGAAGGUUGGGAAUGCAAAGUUAGAAGAGAUAGAUAUGCUUCAGGAGGUGACCAAACAGAUUGAAGGCCACACCAUCUGUGCAUUGGGUGAUGCUGCAGCUUGGCCUGUACAGGGUCUCAUAAGGCAUUUUAGGCCAGAGCUUGAGAGAAGGAUCAAGGAGCGUGCAGAAAGGGAAUUGCUGGAGGCUGCUGCUUAAGAAUUUUAUACAGGGAAUGCUUAAUUGGUGAACAUCUUGAAAUAAAUGAAGAAACUACCGAAAUAGUGUGGUUGGUUAGUGACCUAAAGGCACCAGCAGUCCUGUUAGUUUUUUUUUUCAAAGCUGUAUCAACUGAGAUUCACUGUCCCAUAGAGAUUAUGAUUCUUCUGGGAAAAGGAUAAUUCAAUGUUUGCUCAUGUGCUUUUAACAUGUCUUUGGACACUUGUGGAAAAUGUUGUCAAUAAUCUGUGUUUCAUUUA